GAAAGUAUUGUUUCGUAAAACGGUGCCCAAAACAGGCAGUUUGGAAAAUCUGAGAGAAAUGUAGAUUGAACGGUAAACCCAAGCAGUGCUCGUUUAAAAAAGAAAUAAAGGAAGUUUUUAUAAGUGCGGUGCUACAAAACGAAACGAUAUAUAAGUUCUUUUGAAAAUGAUCAUUUUAAUUUCAAAACGUCAUAUUUGAUUUUUGGGCCUUCCUAGCUAGAACUUUUGAUUUACUAGCAGGCAAAUUAAGUUCCUCGCCACAGAACAUCGGAGAGUAAACAAUCAAAUGAAGUGAUAUUAAAUAUUAUUGUAUUUAAAUAUUUAGUCUGUACUUUUUUAUCUGGGGUGGAAUUCAUCUCUCGAAUUAGUCAACUUUAAUGAAAUAUACCGGCUAACUAGAAGAUUCAGAAAACCGCAUUUCAAAACUAAAGAAUUUAUAAACUUGUUCUUUACAUAAUUUAGUGCGUCAUCAUUAUUUUUGUGUAAGCUAUCAGUGCUUUUUUGCGGACAGUUCACCUGAGAACUAUCAGAAUCACUCUCUAAAUACUCACAUUGAAUGUAAGCACGGAUUACGAAAUGUCCGUGCUAGAAAGGUUAAGGUCGGAGAUAUUGCCGAAAGCCGUGAGGGAAAAACAAUUUGGUCAUAACGUCGUCAAAUUUUUAGAAUUCAAGAUUGAUACAAAUUAUGCCGCCGCCGACCAAUUUGCGUCGAGUAUAUAUUUUGGUGACAUCAUUUCAGAAACAGAGACUGGGGACCGCAUGACACAGAGUGUUGUGGUAAAAGCUCAAGCAUCAGGAGGCAAGUUUGCGGAUACAAAUGACUUGUUCUCGCGCAACAUCCAGCUUCACAACGAGAACUUGUUUUAUACAGAAAUCUUACCUCUCCUGUGUCAAUGUGAUCCUAGCGGCACAAUAUCAGGUAUCUUCCCGAGGUUUUUCUACGGACACAUCGUCGAUGGCAACCCAAUGCAAGAUCUCUUAAUUUUUGAAAAUGUCCAAAAGCGAGGUUACAAACUGUCACCAUGGAAGGCUUUCAACGACUACGCUCAUAUAAAACUUUCUCUUGAGUGGUUAGGUAAGUUUCAUGCAACGUCUUUGGUUUGUAAAAAGAAAUUCUCUAGACAAUUAAAAGAAGUCGUCUCGAAAAUAUUGGAGAGUCACUGGACAGAGAAAAAGUUGGCUAAGGACGAUGCGUUUUUUAGAGAGAAUUGCAAACGGGGGAUUCUUCCCCUCCAAAAUAAUCCAAACUACAAAGACAGGCUGAGAGAUUUGUCGGCACUGGUUGAGAGAGCCAAUCUCUCCAUGGCGAAAAUAGUCGCCCCCUAUGAGCCCUUGUCGCUGAUUUGCCAUGGCGAUUUUUGCAGGAACAAUAUUUUCUACAAGUACGACGCAGAUGGUAAGCCAUGUGCGGUGAUUUUUUUCGACAUGGCUACCCUCAGAUACUCGUCACCCGCGAUCGAUUUCUCAUUCUACUUGUUCAUGAACUCCUCACCAGAGGUCAGGUCUGAUCACUGGAUGGAAAUUCUGCAAGCAUAUUAUACGUCUUUGACGUCCAACCCAGAACUGGAUCCGGGGGAAACUCCAACUUUCGAAGAUUUCCAGCUUGACCUUCGAAGACGUGGUUUCUAUGGUUACGCUCAUGCUAGCUUUUUCCUACCACUGAUGCUAACAGGUAAAAAGUUAGAAGACGAAGACUGGAAUGGGAAGGAUUUGGACGCUCUCAUCCAAAUGAGUCUUCAAACUGGAGGUGAAGAGGCAACUCGAUACGUAACCAAGAUCGUUCAGUUCAUGAUUGAUCAAAAUUUUGAAUUUCACUACAUAAAUGACUUGAAAGUAGAUGCAUUGAAUAAAUUUGAUGUAUGAUAUGUGAUAGAAAAUAAGUAUUAUAGUCUUCUUCUCCUGCAAAAUUCAACUGAGAACGAUUAUUAUCCCGAUGUAUUCUGAACAUACAAUAAAUGUAAUGAAAUGUUAUGAAUUUGGUUGGUAUACGCUAAAUAA